AUAUAGUGGAUUAACUUAUUAACACAUGUUCAAAAACUAAAUGCAGGCUGAUAUUUUUGAAAAUUAUAAGGAUCUCUUGGAUCCUAAUUUUAACAUACAGAAAUACAUUAAUAUAUUUAUGAAAAAUGGUGAUUUUAAUGAACAGAUUGAAAAUUUGUCUAUAAUAAUUAAUCAACUUGAUAAGAAGUUGCAUGAAAAGAUAGGGGAUCAUUAUCAUGUUUUGUUAUCUCAAGCCUUAAAAAUUAAUGAUAUAGAAAAGGAUUUUGAAAAAAUCAAACAAAGAGUUUAUGCAUUAAAAGAACUAAAUGAUAAGGUUAAAAGUAAAAUAUAUGAACCAUAUAAAAGCAUCCAGUUGUAUACAAAGCAAUUGACAAACAUCCAAGCAACAUGUGAUCUUUUACGUUCUUAUUCAAGAUAUAGUAGUCUGUAUAAAAAGUUACAGCAAAUAAUGAAUGAAAACACCAAAGAAAUUAUAAAGGCUGCAUAUAACAUUAAAGAGCUAGAUUUAUUGCUUAAUAAUACGCCUAACUUAGUUGGGAUAGAUGAUAUAAAUUUGCAAGUUUUUGAAGUUGAAAAAUAUAAGAAAGAAAUUAUAUUAAAGGCUUAUGACUUAUUGAUGCAUGGACUGGAUAAUCAAAAUCAAGUUCAAACUAGUACUGCUUUACAAGUAUAUCACCAGCUGGGACAGUUUCAUUCCUUAAUAGAACAAGAUAUUAUGGAUAAAAUAUUUUGUGGUGAUUUUAAGGUGGCAUUGUCAGAAUGUUUUGGAAUGAAAGGGAAUCAAUCUGAAAAUAACAUUAAUGAUUACAAAAAAUUUAAUGAAAAUGGUAACUUUAGUAAAACAGAAUCCCAAUCUGAGAUUAAGGGCUUAUUCUGGUUAAGAUGGGAUAGGCUCUUGAACGAAAUCCUCUACAAAACCUUGCUUAAAGCCUCGCAUUUGCAAAUUGUUUUGUCUAAGAAAAAAUCAGUUCUUGUGGAUAAAAGUCGCGCCAAGAAUAACGAACAACACAUGGAAACACUCUAUUACCUCAAGAACUUUUACGAGAAAAGGCGUGUGAACGAACACGAACUAAUAGAAGCAUUCCUAACCAAGUUAGAAGCUAUAAUGAAGGAAGAAAUUGAAUCGAAGGCCGCCAAUUUCGGUAGCAGAAAAAUUGGUCCAAGCCAUCAAACCUUCGCCCUUUUCAAGCAGAUUUGCGAAUGGGAGUAUCCUAAACUGCUUAGAUAUGUGACCGACACUAGGAAUAGAAUUCUCAAUUCCAAUCCAAUCACGAAUCUAUGUAAAGGUGAUUCCUCUCAAAAUUAUUCGGAUGAUUCCGAGCAAGAUAUGCCGGAUAUAUUGGACGAUGUCACGUACCUCACAACUUAUAACCAUAGUAAUUCUAGAAAUAACGAGACUACAAAAAUUUUGAAUGGUAAUAACAAGUAUAGCACAGCAUGCAACGCUAAUAACAAUGGUUUACGCCUGAAGAUCGUUAAUUUGUUUCAAGAAGUCCUGUCAGAAGCUUUUUCUAAAGGAUAUUUAUCCAAGUGUUUAUCUCGCCUCUUUGACCCAAUAAAUGUCUUAUUUUCUUCCGCCACUCACUGCUUCCCCAAUGUAUCCGACGUAGAAAAUCUAAUCAAGGUUAUGACAAACGAACUCACCAUUGUCAGAUUCGAUCAGAAUUUGAGCUUGAACGUAGCUAAGAAUAUCAAUAAAGCAUUGAGACUUGUAUUGGUUAAAUGCGAACAAAUGAUUGAUAAUAGCUCGGCCGCUUACAAAGUAACGACUCAACCUAACAAUAUUCAAAAGAACAACGCCAAUAUAGGGGUUCUGCUGUAUCACUUGAGAUAUUUUGCAGAAACUCGAUUGGUUCCUCUCAUGAAAGAUAUCAACGACGAGGCUUCGAUAGAAACUUCUUCCAUAUACCUCGACUGCCUCAGGAUAAUCGUGAAAGAGUUACCCGAUCUUCUAAUCAAUUCAGUACUAAAACCGUAUUUUAGCGCGGUUGAAACAACGCUGGAAGAUAUAUUGCUCACCAUGCACAGAGAGGAUUUUGUCAGUACUACACCUUCGGAUUCGCAAAACUCUACUUUUCUACUCUCCCCUCCUUCUCCAUAUAUGAAAGAAUUUAUCGAUUUUGCGAAAACCUUCAAACGAAACGUUUUAAAUACUCUUUUUGGGAAUUUUGAUUUUGGAUUGAAUACCUUUGUAUCUACGCAGUAUCCUACUAUUUCUAAUGCUCAACACAGUAGUUUUGAAGAAAGCGAUAUCGAUAUAGAAGUCGAAUAUUAUGCGCAUACCAAAGAAUCCGAAUCUAAAGCGAAUCCAUUUUACAGCCUAGUUUUAAAGUUAUUUAUCACUCACACCUUAUUACCUACGAUACGCAAUGCCUUAUAUCAAAUGUGCUUGAUUAGGCCCCUGAGUGAUGACGGCAAAAGAAAAAUGAUAUCUGAUUCUGCACAUUUUCAAUCAGUCUUUGGUUCCAUAUUCCUGCCUACCCAUUAUCAAAAUAAAAAUAAGGAAUAUAAAGUUAAAAGAGGAGUGGAAUUCAUUAAAUUAGAUAACGAAAUCGAUAAUGUAUACGAGCGUCUUUUGGUUUGGGGCGAAAAUGGACCCAGUUUGGUUCAAGAGGAUAAUCUUUCGAAUACUUUUGAAGUAAAAAUAGAAAUUAAACCAGAUAUUUUAAGCGCUUACGAAUGGUUUACUUGCGAAAUUUUGAUUCUGAUAGGUGAUAAUACUAAUUUUACAACAAACCCUGUAUCAAUUUACCCGUUUUUAGCUAAAAAAAUUGAUACGAUCUCAACAUGUUUCGGGCAGCAUUCAUCCCUCGCUUAUUAUAAAUGUGUAUUCGAUUAUCUAAUUCCUUUGUCACAUCAUAUCUUUUCAUUUUUUGAUUCUAGAAAGGGCGAAGAAUUUACCGUUAUUAUCAAUUCAUUAUUAUCGUCUCCAUAUCUUAAACUCAAUUUUUCGGGUCCCGCAGAAUAUUGGCGCAUAUGGCUUAAGCCUAAAAUUUCCAUUCAAUUACUUUCCGAAAUUUGUGCUACAAAUAAGAGUAAUAAAGCAGCUAGUGAUGAUGACAAAACCUCUGCCAAAAAGGCUAUAGAAAUGAUUAGAGAUUUGCACCAAUCAUGUUUUAAUGACUACUCCAUGAGUAUUAUUAAAGAAAAGAGGAAAUCUUUUCAUCCGGCUUACCCUCUAGCCACCAAAAUUUUGGAAGCUCUCUCCGUUUCUUAACUUUAAAUGCAAAACUGGGGAAAAGGGAAUAUUGAUUUUACAUUUAUAUUUUUUAUUGUUGAAUUCAUCAUACGUGGAGUGGAAUAUUAUUUAUUUGUUUAAAUAUCCUAAUGGCAUUAAUUGAUUUUAUG